ACAAAGACCUCAUCACAAUGUCAGACAGGUAUAUGUGGUUUGAAGGGGUACCUUUCCCUACCAUGGGUUUCACACCUGAACUCAUGAGAGAAGCAUGGGAGAGUUUUGUGUUUAAGGAUGAAGAUGUCUUGAUACUGACUUACCCCAAAUCAGGAACAAACUGGUUGGUUGAAAUUGUCUGCCUGAUUUGCUCCAAGGGGGAUCCCAAGUGGAUCCAAUCUGUGCCCAUUUGGGACCGCUCACCCUGGGUAGAAACUGAGUAUGGGUAUAAUUCACUAAAGGAUAAGGAAGGCCCACGCCUCAUCACCUCCCACCUCCCCAUCCAGCUCAUCCCCAAGUCUCUCUUCAAUUCCAAGGCCAAGGUGAUUUAUCUCAUCAGAAAUCCCAGAGAUGUUCUCAUUUCUGGUUAUUUUUUCUGGCGUACUUCAUAUUUUGUGAAGAAAGCAGAGUCACUGAAAGAGUAUUUUGAAUGGUUCAUCAAAGGAAAUGUGCCAUUUGGAUCCUGGUUUGACCACAUUCAUGGCUGGAUGUCCAUGAAAGGGAAGGAGAACUUCCUGUUAGUGAGUUAUGAAGAGCUGAAACAGGACACAAGAAGCACUGUAGACAAGAUCUGCCAAUUCCUAGGCAGGAAAUUAGAACCAGAAGAAAUGAACUCACUCCUCAAGAAUAGCUCCUUUCAGGUCAUGAAAGAAAACAACAUGUCCAAUUUGUCCCUCCUUCGUGGUCAGUUUUUUGAUGAGAAGAAUGGAAUACUACUGAGAAAAGGCAUUACUGGAGACUGGAAAAAUCACAUCACGGUGGCCCAAGCUGAAGCCUUUGAUAAAAUAUUCCAGGAGAAGAUGGCAGAUAUUCCUCGAGAGUUGUUCCCAUGGGAAUAAUGUUCAAAACCUUCUGGAUCUUACAUGAAUCUUGAUAUUUGUUUCCUGUGUUUGUACAUAUGCACGACUGGAGGUAAUUGCAUAAAACCUGUAUUUCAUCCUGGAGCUUUGAAUUAUCUAGUCCUUGCAUCUUUGAGUUCUUGAUUAUUAAAAAUUACCAAGGUACCCUUAAUUCACUUUGAGGCAUCCAGCUCUUAAAAAAGAUUUUUGUGUAACAUUUCAUACCUACAGAAUGAUACAGAAAUAAUAUAAGUACUACCCAAAAUUAUGUCAAAAAUUUUUAAUAAAAUUGAGCAGCAAUUCAGGCUCC